AUGUCGGAUCUGAAUGCGAUCGAGAACCAAAGGGAAGCAAACCCGAGUGCUUCUGAUGUAUUACGAGCAGCUGCACAUCAAUUAAUUGAUGACCUUCUGCAGAAUCCCGCGGGUCGCCAGCGUAAUUUCAAUGAAGGGGGUUGUACUGUUGAGCAAUUCAAUCGAAUGCACCCUCCUUUAUUUGAUGGGAGAGGCGAUCCAACUUUGGCGGAGGAUUGGAUUCAGGGCAUUGAGGAGAUUUUGCGAGUCCUAACCUGUACUGAGGAGCAAAAGGUGGCAUACGCCACAUUCAAGCUUACUGGGGAAGCGAAGAGGUGGUGGAUCUCUCAAAGGACCAUUAGAGAAGCAGAGGGGACAGAGAUAAUCAGUUGGCUGCACUUCAAGCAGAUCUUUCUUGAGCGCUUCUUCCCUAACUCUUUCUGUGAGGACAAGGCUAUGGAAUUUGCCACCUUGGUUCAGGGAACAAUGACGGUACAUCAGUAUGCUGCUAGGCUUACUGAGUUAUCCCGUUUUGCUACUUAUUUGAUUCCCGAUGAGGAAAAGAAGGCACGCAAAUUUGAGCAAGGACUGAAUGAGAAACUGUAUGUGCGUGUGGUGGGUUUCCAGAUUCGGAACUUCUCAGAAUUGGUGGAUAAAGCAAUAGUUUUUGAAGGAACCCUUCAAAGAAACGCUGCAAUGCAUGAACAGAGGAAAAGGACUACUCCUACUGGGUACCAGUCUGGCAUGGACCAGGGACCAUGGAAAAGGAGGUAUGAAGGUAGUAGUUCGGGAAAAAGGCCGGUUCAGAGACACUACAUCAGGGAUUGCCCAAUGCAAAAUAGGAGCAACCAAACGUUCAUACCGCCACCUCAGAGGAAUGAAGUAUCAGCCCGGGGCAGCAAUCAACGUCCUACUGCGCCUGCUCGAGUCUUUGCACUAACACCUGGAGAGGUUGAGGGUAGGAAUGACGUGAUCACUGGGUCGAAAGUGAGGUUGACUCCACCCAUCAUUUCUGCCAUUCAGGUAGGAAAACUGUUGCGUGAUGGUUGUCAGGGAUUCUUAGCCUGUGUGGUUGAAGCACCAAAGGAAGAGUUGAAGUUGGAACAGAUACCUGUUGUGAGAGAUUAUCCAGAGGUCUUCCCGGAAGAUUUAUCGGGACUUCCACCCGAGCGGGAGUUGAAGAUCAGAGCUGAAGACGUGGCUAAGACGGCGUUCAGGACCCGUUAUGGCCAUUAUGAGUUUUUGGUCAUGCCUUUUGGCCUGACUAACACCCCAACCGUAUUUAUGGACUUGAUGAACAGGGUGUUCCAUGAGUUUUUGGAUAAGUUUGUGGUUGUCUUUAUUGAUGAUAUACUGAUAUACUCCAAAAGCGAGACCGAGCAUGAAGAACAUUUGAAGUUGGUACUUGGGACACUCAGAGACAAGCAGCUGUUUGCUAAGUUGAAGAAGUGUGAAUUUUGGCUUGAUUCAAUCACGUUUCUGGGGCAUGUAGUUUCGAAGGAUGGUAUUUCAGUAGACCCAGGAAAAGUGGAAGCAGUAGUUAAUUGGUCGGCACCGAGGAAUGUUCAUGAGGUUAGAAGCUUCUUGGGAUUGGCGGGGUAUUACUGUCGAUUCAUUGAUGGGUUUUCCAAGAUAGCAGUUCCUCUCACUGCACUCACCAGGAAAAAUAAUAAGUUUGAAUGGACAGCAAAGUGUGAAGAAAGCUUCCAAGAGUUGAAACAGAGAUUAGUGUCAGCUCCGGUGUUAACAGUUCCCACAGCUAGAGGCGGAUUUGUUGUCUAUAGCGAUGCUUCUAGGCUUGGUUUGGGGUGUGUACUGAUGCAACAUGGGAAGGUUAUAGCUUACGCCUCACGCCAAUUGAAAGUGUAUGAGAAGAAUUAUCCCACUCAUGAUCUGGAACUCGCGGCAGUCAUUUUUGCACUUAAGCUUUGGAGACAUUACUUGUAUAGGUUGCUAAUGGAUUUAGAAAGAGCCGGUAUCGAAGUCAUUGCUAGUGAUACAAAUGCUUUCAUGGCCAGUUUAGUGGUUCAACCUGCUUUGAUAGAUAGAAUCAAAGCUGCUCAGAAAGCGGACUCAGGGUUGGUGAAGUUAAUGGAAGGAUCAGAAAUGGGGACAAACCUGAUUUUUGUAUUUCCAAGGAUGGAGUUUUGA